AAACUUUUAAAGGCGGCCCUCGUUUCCCCCAUAUACGCCCCUACCCUGUCUGUGUGUCGAGCGUGGGGAGGGGAGCCAUUGUUUGGGAUAGAAUCUUGCAAGAAAGGUCUAGGUCACCACCAUGUUUCUGUACGCGCUGACGUUACAGCGUGCCACGGGCGUCACCCACGCCAUCCACGGGAACUUCUCCGGCACACGACAGCAGGAGAUCAUCACGUCACGGGGGAAGAUCCUCGAGCUCAUGCGUCCGGACCCGAACACGGGAAAGAUCCACACGCUCUUGUCGGUGGAGAUUUUCGGCGUCAUACGAUCGCUGAUGUCGUUUAGAUUAACAGGUGGAACAAAAGACUACAUUGUAUGUGGCACAGAUUCAGGAAGAAUUGUCAUCCUUGAAUACCUUCCUGCCAAGAACAAGUUUGACAAGGUCCACCAGGAGACGUUUGGGAAAAGUGGUUGCAGGAGAAUCGUACCUGGACAGUACCUAGCUGUGGACCCCAAAGGCAGAGCACUCAUGAUUGGUGCUGUAGAGAAGCAGAAGUUGGUGUACAUCCUGAACAGAGAUGCUGCGGCCAGACUGACCAUCUCCUCCCCCCUGGAGGCGCACAAGUCCAACACCCUGUGUUACCAUCUGGUGGGGGUGGACAUCGGCUUUGAGAACCCCAUGUUCGCUUGUCUGGAGAUAGACUACGAGGACGCAGACAAUGACCCCACAGGAGAGUCUUCCCAGAGCACACAACAGUGUCUCACGUUCUACGAACUUGACCUUGGGCUGAACCAUGUUGUUAGGAAGUACAGCGAACCAUUGGAGGAACACGGAAACUUCCUCAUCGCAGUCCCUGGAGGUAGUGAGGGGCCCAGUGGAGUCCUGAUCUGCUCAGAGAACUAUAUCACCUACAAGAACUUUGGAGACCAGCCUGACAUCAGAUCACCCAUCCCCAGAAGAAGAAAUGACCUUGAUGACCCUGAGCGCGGCAUGAUCUUCGUGUGCAGUGCCACCCACAAGACCAAGUCCAUGUUCUUCUUCCUGGCACAGACAGAACAGGGGGAUAUCUUCAAGAUCACCCUGGAGACAGAUGAGGAUAUGGUGACAGAGAUAAAGCUGAAGUAUUUUGACACAGUCCCAGUAGCAACCAGUAUGUGCGUGCUCAAGACUGGCUUCCUUUUUGUAGCUUCAGAAUUUGGAAAUCACUACCUGUAUCAGAUUGCACACCUGGGUGAUGAUGAUGAAGAGCCUGAGUUCAGCUCGGCCAUGCCCCUGGAGGAGGGGGACACCUUCCUGUUCACCCCCAGGGGGCUCAAGAACCUGGUGUUGGUGGACGAGAUGGACAGCCUCUCACCCAUCAUGUCCUGUCAGAUUGCAGAUUUGGCCAAUGAGGACACACCGCAGCUGUAUGUGGCCAAUGGGAGGGGCCCACGGUCAUCCUUCCGGGUACUGAGACACGGUCUGGAGGUGUCAGAGAUGGCCGUGUCAGAACUGCCCGGUAACCCAAAUGCUGUGUGGACGGUCAAGAAAAAUGUGGACGAUGAGUUUGACGCGUACAUCGUGGUGUCCUUCGUGAACGCCACCCUGGUACUGUCUAUCGGAGAGACCGUGGAGGAAGUGACGGAUUCAGGCUUCUUGGGUACCACUCCCACGCUGUCCUGCUCACUGAUUGGUGAAGAUGCUCUUCUUCAGAUUUACCCAGAAGGCAUCCGCCACAUCAGGUCAGACAAACGUGUGAACGAGUGGAGAACGCCCGGCAAGAAAACCAUCGUCAAGUGUGCAGUGAACCAGAGACAGGUAGUGAUAGCCUUGACUGGAGGCGAGCUGGUGUACUUUGAGAUGGACCCUACUGGUCAGCUAAACGAGUACACAGAACGUAAGGAGAUGUCAGCAGAAGUGAUCUGUAUGGCGCUGGCUAACGUGCCAGUAGGGGAGCAGCGCUGCAGGUUCUUAGCUGUCGGUCUCACGGAUGACACCGUUAGAAUCAUCUCCCUCGACCCUGCAGACUGCCUGCAGCCAUUGAGUAUGCAGGCCCUCCCAGCCACCCCGGAGUCCCUGUGUAUCUUACAGAUGGGAGGGGGAGAGGGCAUCGACGACACCGGGCCCAGGAACACUAUGCUGUUCCUCAACAUUGGCUUACAGAAUGGUGUGCUCCUGAGAACAGUGCUUGACCAGAUAACAGGAGACCUGUCGGACACGCGCACACGGUACCUCGGUUCCCGGCCUGUCAAACUCUUCCAAGUCAAGAUGCAGGGCAACGAAGCUGUUCUGGCCAUGUCCAGUCGGUCGUGGUUGAGUUACACGUACCAGAACCGGUUCCACCUGACCCCCCUGUCGUACGAGACUCUGGAGUACGCCUCGGGCUUCGCCUCAGAACAGUGUCCAGAGGGUAUCGUAGCCAUCUCUGCUAACACACUCAGAAUUUUGGCCCUAGAGAAACUGGGAGCUGUGUUUAACCAGAUCUCCACCCCCCUGAUGUACACCCCCCGUAAGUUCGUGAUCGACACCCAGAGUAACAACAUCAUCAUGAUCGAGACAGACCACAACAGCUAUACCGAGGCCACCAAGGCACAGCGUAAACAACAGAUGGCUGAGGAAAUGGUGGAAGCAGCAGGGGAGGAGGAGAAGGAACUGGCGGCGGAGAUGGCAGCAGCCUUUAUUAACGAGAACCUGCCGGAGGCCACGUUUGGUUCCCCCAAGGCAGGGCCUGGGAUGUGGGCAUCCGUCAUCAGGGUUCUCAACCCUAUACAGGGAAACACAUUGGACCUCAUUCAACUGGAACAGAAUGAAGCUGCAUUCAGUAUUGCCAUCUGCAAGUUUGCUAACAGAGGCGAGGACACGUUUGUUGUUGUCGGCACAGCGAAGGACAUGACCAUGAACCCCCGCACCUGCUCCGGUGGGUUCCUCCACACAUACCAGCUCGUCAACAACGGGGAAAAACUGGAACUUAUACACAAGACACCAGUAGAGGAUGUCCCAGGAGCCAUCAGUUCCUUCCAGGGCCGGAUACUGGUGGGGAUCGGGCGACUGCUGCGGAUCUACGACCUCGGCAAGAAGAAGCUGCUCAGGAAGUGUGAGAACAAGCACGUGCCAAACUUCAUCAUGUCCAUCCACACCAUGGGGCACCGCAUCUUUGUGAGCGAUGUUCAGGAGUCCUUCCACUUCAUCCGGUACAAGCGACAGGAGAACCAGCUCAUCAUCUUCUCUGAUGACACCAACUACCGCUGGAUCACCUGCUCUACACAGCUGGACUAUGACACUGUGGCCGCAGGUGACAAGUUUGGGAACCUGUCCAUGGUGAGGCUGCCAGCAGGGGUCACGGACGAGGUCGACGAGGAUCCCACCGGCAACAAGGCACUCUGGGAUAGAGGACUUCUCAAUGGGGCAUCACAGAAGGCUGACGUGAUCUGUAACUACCAUGUGGGAGAGGUGGUGACGUCAGUACAGAAGGCUACCCUGAUCCCAGGCGGCUCCGAGUCCCUGGUGUACACCACCAUCUCGGGUGGGGUGGGCAUCCUGGUGCCAUUCACCAGUCACGAGGACCACGACUUCUUCCAACACUUGGAGAUGCACAUCCGCUCGGAGCACCCUCCCCUGUGUGGGCGUGACCACCUGUCCUUCAGGUCGUACUACUAUCCUGUCAAGAAUGUGAUAGACGGGGACCUGUGUGAACAGUUCAACUCCAUGGAACCCAGCAAGCAGAAAAGUGUGGCAGAGGAGCUGGACAGAACACCUGCAGAGGUGUCCAAGAAGCUGGAAGACAUCAGAACAAGAUAUGCCUUCUAAGUCAUCUGUUGCCAGUCUGUGGGACCUGCAUCUUACUGAUGUUGCGAUCAUGUACAUCUUUUGUUAGGGGAACCUUUUGUUUACAUUGAAGAAAUUUUAGACAAAUCUCAUUCUCAAACCUAAGGGAAACAUCAAAUGUAUCAAAUAUAGUUUGUUUACAUAUUGUUGAUUGAACUGUAUUCUACGUUCCUAAUAAUUUGUUGAAAGCUAGUAAGUAGCUGCUGUUAACAGUUGGUAUUAUUAUUUCUUUGCCAGUAUCUGGGAAGUGUAUUUGCCUAAAAGUAAGAGUAUACAGGUAGGUACAUGUUGCCUGUGCAUUUCUUGUGGCCACUCUGUGUCAUGUUGCAGGCAACAGUCUAAAUAAGUAAGGUGAGAGUUCUGGUUCUAUUACAAACCCAAUACCUUGAUUUCUAAAAUAUCAUACUAAGACAUACCAAGCCUGUUUAAGCAUGCCAAAUUGCACCUGCCUUAUUUUCUAACCCCCAAAUAUUCCACUUCAAUUUGUGAUUUGAAUGAUCGCCAUUAUGAUGCUGUAUCAAUCCCAGAGAUACUGCUAGUAAUCAUCUUUUACUUUUAUCUUAAUAAUGAUAAAGGUCAGCUUAAUGGAUAAACAUUGGGCUAAAUAAUGAUAAACAAUAGCUUGACUCCCACAUGUAAAAAGUGACUCUAAUGUUUUGAAGGCUUAGGGUGACUGUAGACAGUGUCUGAGGAAAUUGUGUAAGUGCUGAAAUUUUUAAUCUACCCAGAAUGUCCAGUAGAGAAUUCUUCUUGUAAGGGUUAGGAUGUCAAAACAUUCCUUUUGAAUACACAAGUUUAGUACCGGUACUACAUAUGUACAUGUUGUUUUGCAGUGGACUUGAGGUAUAAUGUAGAAUGUACUCUAGAUGUAGAUGUUAAAACUGUACAAAGGACUAAGGUGUCAUAAGGAGGCUUGAUAUUAUUUACUUAAGAGCAAAAAGGAAAGCACAAAAAAAUGGUAUGAAUUUGUAGGGCUUAAAAGUGAUGUGUAUUUUUUCAUGGUAUUGUUAUCUUCAAGUUAAACUUAUGUUGUCAACUGCAACAAAAAUAAGAUAUAUGAAAGAUACUUCAAGAUAUGAAAUCAUUUUAGCCUGGGCAUCACAUUUAAAUUCAUGUCUGGCAAGUAGAAUCGGUUUCUUUACCAUUUCUACCAGCCAAGAUCUACAAAUCUGUGUUUGUCAAUGGAAACCAUAGACAGAGCUUGUAGCUUCAUCAUUUUUUACUGCCCCAUGUUUGUAACAGUGUACAUUUCAUGUUGGAUUUUGUAAAAGGACUAUACAAUAUACAAGGUACAGUACCUGAA